AUGGCUGAGAGGUCUAGUCAGGCUGACCAUGAAGAAGGAGAGGAAUGGAUACAAGGCAAAAAUACAAACACUCCUGUGGAUCAAAAUGGAUACACUGUCACUGCUGGGGAAUCAACAGACAUAGAUCCUACUGAGGAUCAGCAUCUAACCCAACCUGAAGAAGAGUCUGAGUGUCCAGGCUGCCAGUCACUGAGUGUACUGACAUUGCCUUGUGGCCACAAACUGUGUCCCACAUGUAUAGAGCUGAGCCAAGGAGAGCUGGGCCAGGCCGGCUGCACUAUCUGCUAUGGAUUGCAGCUGAUGGACUCGGUCCUCCACACUCUGCUGGAUGCCCUGUUCCAUGGCCAGCCCAGGAGACACGGGGUCACAGAAGAUGGAGGGGAAGCUUGGGAUGGAUAUAGGGUAGUGGAGAGAGAUGAGCUGUGUGUGCAGCAUGGAGAAAUGCUAACUGUGUUUUGUCUGCAAGAUGAGGAGCCGAUCUGCCAGCAGUGUCAGACAGAUGAGCAUGAAGAACACCAGUGGUGCUCCACAGAGGAAGCUGUUUACAACUGUAAGAAAGACCUACGAUCUGUUAUCAGAAGCCUCCAGGAGCAGUUAGAGAGUUUAACCUUAAUCAGACAAACCUGUGAGGAUACUGCCUCUCACAUCAAGAGCCAGUCAGUACAAACAGCCCAGAUCUUGAGGGAUGAGUUUGAGAAGAUGCACCAAUACCUCCGUGAUGAGGCGGCAGCUCUGAUGUCACAGCUGAAACAGGAAGAGGACGAUAAAAGUCAGAUGAUGAAAGUAAAGAUUGACAGGAUCAACAAUGACAUACGAGUGCUGACCAAAAGUAUCAGAGAGACAGAAGAUGCCAUGGGCUUAGACAACUUCCUCUUUCUAAAGUGCAGAGUAGAGGAGCCUGAGGAUGAAUCACGAGCUCUGCUUGAUGUAGCCAAACACCAGAGCUGUGUACAGCACCGUGUCUGGGACAAGAUGUUGAGGAUCAUCCAGUACUUUCCAGUGACCAUGGACCCUAACACAGGCUCAGUGCGUUUAGGUGUGUCUCCUGACCUGUCCAGUGUGUAUGUGUGUGAGGAGCAGCUUCUUCCCGGCAAUCCAGAGAGGUUUGUGAGUCCACAGAGCAUCCUGGGCUCAGAGCGCUUCAGCUCAGGGAGGCACAGAUGGGAGGUGGAGGUGGGAGAUAACAGUCACUGGUCUCUUGGUGUGGCCAGUGAGACAGUCCACAGAAAAGACUACUCAGACAUAGAGCCUGGUUGUGGCCUAUGGAUUGUGUCCCACUCCUCUGGGGAGUACCGGGCUGACCACAGCACCCCCCUCAGGGUGAGACGAAGGCCAUGCAGAGUCAGAAUUCAGCUGGACUGGGAGAGAGGGUGUCUGACUUUCUCUGAUGCCAAUGACAACACCCUGAUCUAUCGUUUUAAAACGCAGUGGAGUGGAAAUCUGAGACCCUACUUUUCCACCACAUGUUCUAAACACCCACUGAAAAUCACAGCAGGGAGGGUGACUGUUAACAUAGAAUAGUAUAAUACUGUCAUGAUACAAAAGGAAAAAUAUGACUUUUUGGAGAAAUAGACAUAUGUGUCAACCCCAACAGUCAGAUUUUAAAAAAUGUAAAAUUCAUCUCUGUGUCCAGUACAAUGAUUGGCCCUAUUUAACGUACGUUACAACAAAAACUUGCAGUAAGAUGAAACUGCUGACCAUAGCUGAAUUAUAAGUAAGAAAAAAAAAAGAAAAAAACCUUAAAGAACUCCUAAGCUUUAUUAUUUACAUGUUAUAUUUUGAUCCCCCAGCCAUUCCACUGGACAUAACUUUUCCAGGAUGUCUAUAUCUAUGAUUACUGUUAUCUGACUCCACAAAAAUGCAUAAACUUAUUUGAUUGGAUGUCUAUAAGCCAAUCACAGUUUCCAUAAUCUAUAAGUGGGCUGCAGUAGAGCUUCAACCCCUUUUUCAGCAAGCAAUUAAUCAUAUUGUUAAAGUAAUUUCUGUUUAAACUGUUUAAAUUAAAAUGAGAUGAUGUAUAUCAAAAUAUCAUGAAAAAUGUAUAGAUUUUUUCAAAAAAAGUCUGUUAAUUGGAAUGGCCGGGGGAUCUGAAUGUCACAGGAGGGGAAAUGAAGAGGGAAAUACUGUUUUGAUUUAUUCUGACUGCUCUGACUUGAAUUUCUUAUUAUACAAUCAGCUUAUAAUGUAUCCUAUUGAUUAUGUACACAGAAUAUUCAACUCAGGGGGCUUUGAACAUACUGCUUUACAUACUGGUCCUUCUUUUAUCCAUAAUUUUGUUAAAAUGAUACAAAAAUACACUGUGUUUUAAAGCAUCUCUUUAUUCAUUGAUAUGAUUUAACCAUUCAUGUAUGAUAAAUUAACUCGUGGGUUUUUAAUGAAAAAAGGCCUCAAGAUUAUUUAUUGUCAUUUAAAUUAUUUUAAUAAUUUCAUUUGAUUGCUAAUGAUUUGUGAGUGCAUUUAGAGUAAAAAUCCACCAUUACAAUUGUUUUUUUGUGUUUGGAAGAUAAUUGUGUUCUGAACGGAUUAAGUUAUCAAGGCUAUUAGAAGCUCAUAGGACCUGUGUGUCAAACAUUUUUCUAGACAAAUAGUCAAGUUUAAUGGAUGAGUCUGCUGAUAUUCUACAUUUUUCUUUUUGUCAAUAAAAAAAACAAAAAGACCAUAACCAACAACAAAUGUAUCCUUCUAACAAGUAUUGUGUGUGUAUCAAGGCCUAAUGCAUAGUAUCUUAUUCUCUGUGCCCUAGAAUUCCAUUGUU